ACUCAGACAGAAGACAAAACAUUCUGCUGGAGAACACGACUGAAGAACCUGAACGUGAACCUGCUGCUGGUUGUUGUCUCUGAGUGAAGAAAGAUGAAGCUGGAGGUCGAGAUUAUGUUGCUGGACUACUGCUUCAAACUCUUUAUCCACAUGUUCCUGUAUCUGGGUCUGGGUUUAUGCGGCAUCGGAGUCGUAAUCGUGUUCUUCAGAGUAAGCCUCCUGAACGUCCUCCCCUCAGAAGAGCUGCAGAUAGUGGGGGUGGGGCUUCUGCUGAUUGGUGGAGUGGCCUUAGUGGUCUGUAUUGUUGGAUGUGUCGGAGCUGAAAAAGAGAAAAGAGUCCUGCUGCUGGUGUUCAUGGGCUUCAUCAUCAUCCUGGUCCUGGGUCAGCUGUUCGUCACACUGCUGCUGCUCCUAAACAGAGACAAGCUUGAGCGUACUGUGGACGAUACAGUGGAUCAGAUCAUCGUUCAGUACAGAGGCAGCAACAGAGACGACAGACUGAUGGACAAAGUACAAAACUACGAUGAAUGCUGUGGCAAGAUGGGUCCUGCUGAUUGGCUGAAGAACUCUUACAUCCAGAGUCUGAACCUGACGGAUCUGGACGUUCUUCCUUGUUCCUGUUUCAAAUCGUAUAGUCGCAGUGAUGACUCGCCCUGGUGCUCAGAGCUGCUGAACUUUACCGCCCCGCUGUUCGGCCGAGGAAACAGCUCAUAUGUUCAGGGCUGCAAACCGAAGUUCAGUAACUGGCUGCAGGAAAACAUCAUGACAAUCCUCGGCUUCGACAUCAGUGUCAUGUUAAUCCAGGUAAUUCUGAUUGUCAUCACGGUGUAUCUGUACCGUGAUCUUGGCAGGAACGCAGCUUUGAAAAAGGCUGAUAAAGAACCUCUGGACGAGCCUGAAGAUGCUGUGACCUACGGAGAGCAGAACUACGGCUACAUCGAUGGUGAUGGUUACACAGACCCCAACCACCCGGCUUAUCAAAAUCAAUACUCGACCUACAACGAAAUAUACUUGGAGCCAGCACAGGGUCAUCAACAGACUUCAAACUGAAAGGCUGAUCUUUUGUGAUAACGGCUGCUUAUAUUUUACACUGAACAUUAAUAACGUUUGAAGUUGUGAAAAAAAACGUCAGUGUUUCUUCUUCUUUUUUCAGAAUGGAAAUAUAAAAAUAAAUAAUGAUGGUGAACUCAGAUGACGGGGAUUUAAAUCAUUUUGCUGCUGAUAUUUUGGGGCGUCUGAUCAAAAUAUCUGCAUGACUGAUGUUAAAUAUGACAGUUAUCUAUGUUGUUAUUAACAGUUUUACUACAUCACUGUAAAACCAUUAAAAUACAUUACCUCAUUAUCUACUAGUGAUGUGUAUCGUUUGAUCUGGUCCUCUUGUAAAUGCUGCCGUGAGAACACGAACCAACUCUAGGCAAUUAUACAACUUUGGAACAACAUGAGUCCCUGAUUCAGACCAAAGGAGACCACUCUAGGUCUGAAAGCAGCCUAAACAUUUUGCUGCUCACACCCACCAUGUGAAUAGUGUAGUAUCCAGUUGCAUAAGAUGCCGUGAUAUUUGUUAUUUUAAAUGUGCUGUCAUUUGUAACCUCUUCACUAAAUAAAGCAGA